AUGACGACCACCAGCCUGGUGAUGCAAAACCGCCGAGGCCAUGCCUCCGCCAAGCGCCCGCUUCGGCUCCCCAUGAUCGCUCCCAAGGAGGAGCCCGUUGAGGGUAAAAUAGAGAAAGGCUUGAUUGUACCUCCGCGCAUUCGCUUGCCGCCCAGAUCGCGCACCGGUUGCUGGACGUGUCGGAGUCGCAAAGUCAAAUGUGAUGAAGGACACCCGCAAUGCAAUCAAUGUACUCGACUUGGGCAUAUCUGCGACUACCGACCGCGCCUAGCCUUCCGCGAUGAUACUCCACGGAUCAUGGGCCGCAUGGCAGAUGUGAAGACUCAGGGAAACAUUGUUUGGGAUUUGUCUUCGCCAACUCCCAGCGAGGAGAAGUCGGAUUACUUUUCCUCCCGGGACGCGCUUCCUGCGUUUUCUCUUCUCACAUCCGACGAGGAGCGAGAAAGGAAAGCGGAGGCUUCGAGCCCCGGCACGUACCAUGUAGUCGUGAUUCCGGAUAGUUUCUCUGCUCUGCCAGAGUAUGUGGACGACAUGUCCGAGCGGUCCAGGUCCGAGGCAAGCAGCUCGGUCGUCAACAGUCCCAUCAGCAGAUUCAAGGCCGAGAGUGAGGUUGGCACUGAUCCCAAUGUUGUGAUCUUGAAGACCUUUGAGGAUGUGACUCGGCGGUCAUCUUCCAAUGGCCGAACUCCCCGAGUAUCACCCACAUCUGAGAUUGCGGAUCCUUUUGGAUCCCUCUCUUUGGACCCUAUCCUGGCGACACUCCCCUCUCCCAUCAAAUUCGAAGAUGACAUGUCCUUCCUGGACCCGUACAUUGAGCAGCACAGCCAGGACACUGCGCUAUUUGCUCAUUUCCGUCACGUUGUCUGGAAGCAGCUGUUCCCUCACGAUCGAGGUCAGGACGAUUCGUUCGGACUCGAGAGCAGUGGCAUGACUUUAAGCGCUGAUUUCCUCGAGCGUGAGGCCGCUCAUUUCCCUCCCCUCUCCGAUGCCAUCAUGGCUGUUUCAGCGCUCAGCCUCUCACACAGCGGUAACGGGCAGAAUGUCGAUGCUCUGCAGUACUACCAGCAGGCUUUCCCUUCCCUUCAGACCAGCCUCCGCAACAGCGAUGAUCUCGUUUCAGAUGGUCUUUUCCUUACUCACUUUUUACUUCUCAUCUAUGAGGUUGCAGCUGCCGAACCCCACGGAUCCAACCUCUGGUCUCACCACAUCUCUCGUCUUCUUCACAUCGCUUUUCUCCGCCGGUCCAAGUUUGGCCGUGAACCUCAUCCCUUCAUUCUCUGGUGGAUCUGCCACAUUGAUCUCUACGCUUUACUCAGCGGAGCAGGCACAGGCGAAUUUGUACGGGCCGUUAUUGAUCAUCAGAUGCUUCCUACAUCGGAGUGUCUCUUAUACCCCUCCGUGCCUGAAGGCUACAGUAUGAUCUACCCCGAGGAGCACGACAGCUUGCCGGUGAUGAUGCGUCUCUACGCCGACAGCUUUACCCUGGCUGCCCAGCUUGGUUUCCUCGCGGCCCAGCUUCGUCAGGAUAAACUGUCUCAGCCCUUUGCCGAGUUUAACAAGCGGUCAAAGGAAAUUGCCAGCUUGCGACAGGCAUUUGCAAGGCUUUGGGAGACUCCUGAAAUUACCUACUGGUCUCAGCAUCAAGAUACUCUUCCUCGCCGAUCCAAGGAGAUUUUGCAGCAGUCGGCUACCCUAUUUCACGCUUCUCAGCUGUUCUCAUUCAGCAGCAUGUGGCCUCGUCAACGUCACGAGUCAGAAUACACGCCUGACGGUGAGAUUGACUACCACGCCGGAGAGAUUCUGCGCAUUGCCGAACAAACAACGAGCACCCGACGGGCUGACCGACAUUUCCUUGUCUUCCCCUUGUUCCUGGCGGGUGCGACGGCCUCAGCUAGCGGCCUCAAGAUGAUGGCCAUGGAGCUGAUGACGAGUAUGGAGGAUGAAGAGGAUGGCAUGGGCCGCAACGCAGCGACCACACGAGCCAUUCUACAGACGGUCUACGAGCGACAGCUUGAGCGCCUGAUGAGAGUCGGCCACACUAUGGAUGUGGAUUGGGCUGAUCUGAUGGCCAAAGAAGGGCUGCAAAUGGUAAAUUUCGGGUUUUAA